AUGUGUUUCUUCUUCAUUUUUCGAUACUCCGCUGAGAUUCAAAUCUCUUUAAUCAAUUUAAAUGUUUGUAUUAAUUCAAUUCGACAGAAUUGUUUGAAGCGAAAAAAAUCUCUAGCUGUAAAUCUACAUCCUUGUGUCCUCAAUUUAAUAUUUUUUUCGUCGAUUAAUUAAGUUAAACAUUCUAAUCGCGCUCGAUUUGAAAGAGAAAGAAUGAGAGGAAUUGCAGGUUUUCUAGAAAAAGAAUUUAAAAAUUGACAAAAUUCUUAUCAAGAAUCGCAAAUAAGUGAAGUUUCGAUUCGAUUUGGCGUAAAAAAAUUUCGAUUCGUACCAAUUCGCACAUUUCCAGCGCGAAGACGCGAAAUGAAUUUACAUAGCAUAAACAAAAGGAUUUAUUGAUCAAACGUACUCUUGUCGCUAUGGAUACAGGGAUGCUGUCAGUGAUAGUCGUUACUUGAACUCUGACGCGAGAAUUCUUUCCGAAAGAAUGGCAGAGCAGAUGGAAUACAUAGUACCGCCAUGGGAAAUCGAGGCUUACGUGCAAUGCUUGAACAUUUCGGAUCUCGAGAACGUCGGUACAAAAAGCUGGUUGGAUUUCCACAAGAGAUUGGCGUUGCUGAACCAGCAGAGCGUGCUCGAGAUAACGGGGCUGCGCGAGGAGAGCGUUAUGGAAUGGUUUAUCUCGCUGAAGAAAAUUCCCAUUCUUGUGUACGAAGCUAUACAAAUCGACAUAUGGAAGCACAAGGUGUUUCCACUUCUAAUUGAUAUCAAUGGCGAGCCGACGAACACGUUCAUGUUGUACAGCAUAUUCUAUCACGAAGUCAUCGUGAUUUCGUUAUUGGAAAAUAUAUUAUUUCAUUGCGAGAGCGCGCAAACGUUGGACGACAUGGCGAUCGACCUCAUCGAUUACACCGUCCUACACGUAACGGCGCUCCUCGAUGGAAACACCUUAGAAAUAUAUGAGAGAUCCGAAAUCAGAGACGCCAACUCUUGCCUGGGAGAAAUCAUGGAGAAGCAAAAGACAUUCGAGUUUGACAUUGGUAUGCGGUGUAUCUCGAUUAUUCACUACCUGAUAGAAACCUUGGAUAGCCUACCCCUUUGCGCAGUUUCGCGCAUGCUGGCCGUACACGAUGUUCCGUACUUAUUCACGCAGUUGAUCGAGAAUCAACCGUGGAAGAAGCAAAAUGAGGAUGGUGAGAUGCUGACGUAUGAGGGCAGCUGGAGGAAAAUCAAGGCGAGUGAAAUUGGAAAAAUUAACAAACGAGAGGGGCAAGUAUGGUUCGGUUUGCGAGAAUUGCUACUUAAUCCAAAGUGUUCCCCGUAUUAUGAAAUCACAGAGCACAGACUGUCCCAGCUGUCGAAGCUGCAGAGACACUUGCAUGAAGAUGUACUCGAUCAAAUUGCUCCUUUGAUAGAGCUUAAGAGAUGGUUAUCUUACUUAACUAUGUCAUCGACGAUGCCAUCCUCGAGGUCAACCUGUCCGGUUCACGUGGAAGUUAUACCGCAGAUAAAGUCAAGUAUCUUGGAAAAAUAUCAUAAAAAGUGGAAGAAACUUGCUAGACAUCAGUCCAAGUGCCUAUUUACAACAGACACAAAUUAUAUUAAAGACGCCGCACAGAUUUUAAGCGAUGUGUACGAUUUGGAGAAGUUAGAUCGUAUAGAAGCGAAAAAGUGUUCGUUGUGUCAAGAGCCGUCUGAGAAACGAUGUUCCAGAUGCAAGGAAGUUUGGUAUUGCAGCAGAGAGUGUCAAGUGAAAGACUGGGAAAAUCACAAGAGUACUUGCAACACGAUAACAAAAAUAAACAGUGAUAACGCAGAUUCUUAGUAACUACGAAUAUACGUGUAUUCAUCAAUACAACAUAUUUUAACGUAUAUCUCCCUA